UUAUAAUAUUAUAAAGAAAAUUACUUGGAUGUAUACUAUUAUUUAUGUGUAACUCAUUCAAGAAUCAAAUUAUCAAUUGUCAAGUGACAAGUUUGAGAUGAUAGAAAUAUUGGAGUAUUGGAGUAUUGGAGAUCAUAGAAAUAUUGGAGUAUUCAAGGAAACAUGAUUUCUAAAUAUAUAAAAAGGAAUUGCAGAAAGAAAUAGAUGAAGGAGAAGAAGAUCAAAAAGUGUUAUAGUGAAGUAGAGAGAAUCAAGUGCUCAAAUAGAGAAGAUAGAGGAAUCGAGUAGAGAGAGUAUUGAGUCGGUUGUUUAUUAUCAUUUUAGUAAAUUUACUUGAAAACGAUGUAAGCAUAUUGCUAAAAGACUUGAGUUUUCUUAAGAACGAUGUAAGCAUAUUGCUAAAAGACUUGAGUUUUCAAAAGGUAAGCUCAUUUAGACUCUCAAAAUUGACCAUCUGUUCCAAGAAAAACCUUUUUGCAAUCGGUCUUUACUCUUUUCUUGCUUCUCAGUUGAAUUAUUUGUUUAUUUCAUAAUAUUUCUCUGUAUUCUUCUUUCUUUUUCAAACCGACCGCCUGCGCUCUACUUCACCCAAAACCGAUGAGAAACGUUGGCCGACCGACUACACUUACUUAUUUAUUUUUAAUGCCUAUUUAUAAACUUUCUCCGCGAAAACACUCAGUCCCUCACGCUGGUCGUUAACUAAGACAUAAUCCUCUCUCCCUCACGCACUCAGAGACUCAGAAAGAAUCUCACCGGAAAGAUACGCCUGAAAUUUUCUGAAUGACUGGUGAACGAAAAAUGCCGCCGGCGCCAGAGGCAGAAGUGCAGCUACCAGAGACGACUAAGGUGGCGGCUAUCUCGUCCGAGAGCGGCAGGAUCAGUAGACCGAUGGAACCACCGGACCGAAGCUUCGACCGCCUGAGAGCCGAUUUGUGUCAGUUCGCACUGAGGCUGGUUUGCAUUGCCACGUCCACGACGACAGUGGCGUUGAUGGUUACCGCCAAGGAUUCUACCACUGUUACCAUUUACGGAUUUGAAUUUCCCGUUCAAUCGAAGUGGUCGUUCUCAGACGCAUUCGAGUACCUUGUUGGAGUUUCAGGGGCUGUCGCUGCCUACUCUUUGCUGCAGCUGCUUGUCACUGUUUCUAUGCUCGCUAGGAGGUCCCCAGUGCUUAGCUCCAGAAGUCAAGCCUGGCUCAUUUUCGCUGUUGAUCUGGCCUUGGCAUAUGCAUUGAUGAGUGCUGGAUCAGCUGCAGCUGGGAUCUCAAAUCUGAAUCGUACUGGCAUUCAACACACAGCUCUGCCUAACUUCUGUAAGCCAUUACAACGCUUCUGUAACCAUGUCGCCAUCUCUAUUGCCUUCACAUUCUUUACAUGUUGCUUGCUCACCACUUCUGCCAUACAAUAUGUUAUUUGGCUCUCCAAAAACUAAACCCCCUCAUGAAAAACAAACAACUUGCUAUCUCUGUGAAAAAUAUGACGUUCAUUUCUGUUCCUUCAAGUCCCUUGAACGAUCCAUAAAUCAAAAGGAACUUCUAUGGUAUAAUGCAUUGGAGUAGAGAUGCCCAUUUGACUCAGUGGUGGGGAAUACCGGAUUAGACUACAAAUUGGGGGGUUCUAUUCCCACUCGGUGUCCAUCCCUGCCUCGAAUAUAUAUAUAUAUUAUUAUAAGGUUUUAAUUGUAUAUUUAUAUAAUAUUAUUACUGUUCUUAUUAAUAAUACUAAGUAGAGAAUUGUUGUAAUAUUUAAUCUUAAUUUUGGGAAAUUAAGAAGAACCAUUUUAAUAAUA